AGCUCAGGGCAACUGUGACCCCGAGGCCCCAGUGACCGAGGGCACCCGCUGCUGCCGCCAGGAGAUGUACAUUGACCUGCAGGGGAUGAAGUGGGCCGAGCACUGGGUGCUGGAGCCCCCGGGCUUCCUGGCCUAUGAGUGCGUGGGCACCUGUCAGCAGCCCCCGCAGGCCCUGACCUUUAAGUGGCCGUUCCUGGGGCCGAGGCAGUGCAUCGCCUCGGAGACCACCUCACUGCCCAUGAUCGUCGGCAUCAAGGAGGGCGGCAGGCCCCGCGCCCAGGUGGUCAGCCUGCCCAACAUGCGGGUGCAGAAGUGCAGCUGCGCCUCGGACGGGGCUCCCGUGCCAAGGCGGCUGGAGCCGUAG